GCGAAAACACAAAAUCCAAUAUAACAAGCAGCCAUAGGUAUUAUUCAUGUCGGGCUUCUCUCUCUCUCCUUUGCCCUCUAAUUAACUCUAAUUUUUAUUUACCAAUUUCGUUCCGAGACGUUUUUUUUUGUUGUUUGUUUCAGUGCUGAAUUGGCGCCACAUAACUUACUCGGUGUAGUUUUUUAAUUUCAGAGUAAUGUGGCUCACUAGGGCCAUAAGUAACAAAUCGAAAAUUAAUAAUAGUAAAAUGCUGGUUAUCGAUGAACGGUCUUUGACUACUUGUUUUUGCAGGAAGACUAAACGUAAAGAAAAAGAAGGAGCAGACUCUUCGGCAUCGGCUGACUCGAAAUUAUACCUUGAGGCUACAGUACUGGAACGGAAACUACCAGAAAUGGACAUUAAACUUCUGGUGGAUCUUCCUGCCGGGCUGGACUACAAUGAGUGGCUUGCAUCACAUACUAUGUCUCUAUUUGAUCACGUAAACUUAGUCUACGGAACGAUUAGCGAAUUUUGUACAGCAACCACGUGUCCAGACAUGACCGGUCCAGGUCAACGUACGUACUUAUGGUUCGACGAAAAAGGCAAAAAAACCAAAGUGGCCGCGCCUCAAUACAUCGACUACGUCAUGACGUUCAUACAAAAAACCAUAACGGACGAGACGAUUUUCCCUACGAAAUACGCAAACGAAUUUCCCGUUUCGUUCGAAUCGAUCAUAAGGAAAAUCGUCAGGCUUUUGUACCACGUCGUGGCUCACUUGUACGCGGCGCAUUUUAAAGAGGUGGUCCCUUUGGGGCUGCAUUCGCAUUUGAACCAGACGUUUGCCCACUUGAUGGCUUUGCAUCAUAGGUUUUCGCUUAUCGAUUCCAAAGAAACGGAUAUUUUAGAAGAUCUAGAGGUGGCAUUGGGGCUGGCUCAGAAUAGCUUGGAAGUAGGGAAUAAUAAUGAGAAAAAAGACGAACAAGAUGGAGCAGAGGAAGGUAGUAUUCAUUCCACAGAUGAUACUUGUGGUGACAAUAAAUCCUAGCUGAACACAUUUACACAAUUAACUUAAAAAAAAAAACAAAAAGAAAAAAAAACAGUUUAUUUUUUAAAUGUGAUUAAAAAGUCUUUUUACUUUAUAGUUUAUUUAUGUCGUAGAUAGCAAAUGUGAUGUUAAAAGACACGAUAGUGACAGAUUUAUUAUUUUUCUAGGUGCAACAUUAUUUAUUAAUAUUAUCAUUUUUUAGUUUUACCUUUUUACUUGUUGUUUUUCUUUUGUCCCCUCUUUUAGAACGAAAAAUUGACGAUUAUGAAUUCAAAUUAAUAUUAUGUUUUGUUAUUCAAUUAGAACUUAGAAAGUGUUUCUCUUUAGGAUAUUUUUCUUGUGCACAGUAACUUUUCUAUAGUUGAUUGACUUAUUUUCCAAAGAAUAUAAAUUGAAAGAUUUUUUAAUAUUCAAAUACAUUUGUUUGAAUUUAUGUCUUAUAACUUAAGUGUAGGACUAUUCAAAAUUGCAGUACCAAAAUUCCGAAUUUACUGAUGAUUUUUCUAAUGAAUUUCCUUAGUACAAAUCGAACAUUAAAUUCGGGAAUAGAAAAACAAUUUUAAAAUUUCUGUACAGUGUUGAAUGUUCCUGUAGAAAAAAAUAAACCCUAUUCAUGAUGAAAAUUGUACAUAAUUUAUUAUUAUGAAAAAAGAAACAAUUUUUAGUUGGUUAUUUUUUAGAUAAUUGUAAUUAUUGUAAACGCUAUUAGAUUAUAGUGACUGUUAAAGAAAUUGAUUUGAAUAA